AUGUCGGCUCCAACGAAACAACUGGGGAACCUAUCUCUUGGUGGCAGGAUGUCAACCACUCGUGGACAAGCAGAGAGACGCGGUGCAGUAGAUGACGAGGAAGAAAAUUCCGCCAGUAGCUCGUCUGGGGAAGAGGAAGUGGAGGAUUCCGCGCCUGGAUCAACCAAGUCCCUCGUCACAGGAAAUUCGGCCAUUUUGUACAACGUUUCCGGGCUUUCAGGAGAAGUAAGAGCUAGGGCACUGUCGGGAAUCUUGGGGAAAUUUGUUGUCGAUAAAUGUCGUGCGUCACAAGACGGAUAUGACUUCCAGGUCCUUGACCAUGGGCUGGUUCACUUGGGGAAUGGGCCAAUGACUUGCUCCUGUUCGGAAUAUGGGGAUGGUCCGAAAGCCUGCCGACAUAUAUUUUGGCUCGUCGACCAACUACAUAGAUUGACCCUUCCCAAAGGGCCAGGCCCAGGAAUCUCCCUCUCACGUACUGGUCAAUCUCCGAAUUUCCCUCCGUUGUACGAGCUUAUCGGCGGUCGUAUGGAAGAUAUCUUGCUAAAAGCUCGCUGGGCCUUAGUUGAUGAUCCAAGCUCCCCUGAAUUUUCAGAACAGGAAUCUGGUACAUCUAUGAGUCGCCCCGAAAAAGUGAGGGACAUUCUCUCUGCCUUCAGUGAAGCCACGAUGCCUGAUGACUUCCGCCCUGACCAGGCGGAAACUAUCCGCCAGCCGAGAACACCAGAGCAGUGUGUUGUCCAGGGUGACUUUGAAGCAACAAUGUUCCGCCUGGCAGUUCACGACGAUAAUGUCUAUCGCAGCCUUCGCAAAGCAAUGCCUGCACCUGCGCGCUGUGCUAUAUUCUUUGACAAAGUCCAAAAAAAGACUCGUGCCUUGCUGGUUGAUUUUGACCGCUACUGCCAAUAUGGGACUCCCCAGCGAGACGGGACUGCGUUGGAAAUCCGUGUUGUCGUCGAGCGGCUGCACGAACUUGUCUCUCUGGUCGCAAUCAACAUUGCCCCUCGCGCGCCCGAUAGCCAUAGGAAUGCACCAGAUGCCCUGAUCGGGAUACUUCGGGAUGUCGUCACUUACAACUACAAUGCGUUUGAUGGCAAUGCUUGGGGCCGCAUCUCGCCCGCAGGAGAAACAGAGAAUGAUUGUAACUUAUUUGCACAAGUGAUCGGCCAGCCAGAAGUUUCAGGUCAAUACUUCGUUCUCGAUGUUCUGGAAAGCCUGCCGCGAGCGGUCCUUAAGGAAUGGGAGCCCCAGCUGGUGACCAUAAUGAGCAAGAUCCCAAUGUCCAAUCAGUCGAUGGUGACAUAUCUACAGCAAUUCCAGGUUUUGCUGAAUAGGGAAUUUCCAGCCACGGGAUUCGGGGUGACCGCAUCUGGGCACAAAAGGCCCGCAGGAGGAGCGUCUGGUAGCGGCCGAAAGCGACCUAAAUAA